AUGGCAGCUUGCUGCAAGCAAGAAGGGGGAAAACCAGAUAUCUCAGGCGAGGGCUCGGAAUUCCCAGGUGGAACGCACGUGAAAAAGGCGCUAAUUAUAUCAGAACCUCCCACCAAUGCUCCUCCAUCGAGCAUGUCCGCCGAACCGAUCAAGGAAACGUUGAAAACAUACGAAUCGGAGAUGCGCAACUUACCACCAAGUGUCCUAUUAAACGCCCCCCGGGUCAUUACCUGUUACCGUAUGACACAGCGGAUGGGUCAUGGCGUGGACGAUACUAAUUCCCCCUUCGACGCUGAACACAUGAAGCGAUUAUCACGCCCCUACAAGUCCGAAUUGGAAAGGAUACCUACCGAUGCCCGAAUUCACUCUUUCCGGAUCAUUUACUGUGUUCGUCUCACACAUUGGAUUCAACGAAUGGUGGGUGACCUCGCUUCUUCGCUCGACGCCGAGACCCUGCGCGAGAUCGAGAGAGCGUUCAACCAGUGGUCGAUUAUUACACGGGUUUCAGAUGGAGAUAUGAUGAAGUAUCGGCUAUAG